AUGGCACAGCCAGGCAUCACCACCGUAUCUUUCGAGCAACACGCCACAGGGCUGGGUAUCGAAAUCCCAACACCCCGCAUCUCCUGGAAAUUCACAGCAGAUAUCAACACAUCCCAGAACUGGGAGCAAACAGCCUAUGACAUUGAGAUCAGCCGUGGUGCAAAUGCGCCAGAAAGCUAUCACGUUGAAUCCUCCGACUCCGUCCUCGUCCCAUGGCCCAGCCAUCCUCUCCAAUCUCGCGAGGCGGCGCGUGUCCGCAUCCGCGCUUACGGUGGCUCGGUCGUCGAGCCAACGGAGUGGUCAACAUGGGCCUCUGUUGAUUGUGGACUACUGAGUCGUGAUGAGUGGGUCGCGAAGGCUAUCACCGGUCCGAAGAAUGAAUCCAAGGGUCCUCUGCGGCCGCUGCGGUUUAGGAAGGUUUUUACCUCGAACAGUGUCAGGUCAGCGAGAUUGUAUAUUACCAGCUUGGGUGUGUUCCAGGCUUAUAUCAAUGGCUUGCCGGUGGGUGAUCAUUUUAUGGCACCCGGUUGGACGAGCUAUCGUCACAGGCUGAACUAUGAGGUCUUUGAUAUUGCGCCUCUGCUCCGCGAGGGCGAUAAUGUCAUUGCGGUCGAGGUUGCGGAGGGCUGGUAUGCUGGUCGUCUCGGAUUCCUCGGAGGUCGGCGACAUAUCUACGGUGAUGAAAUGGUGUUGAUCGCGCAGCUGGAUAUCGAGUCAGAAGACGGCGGGCGAACUAUCAUUCCCACCAACCCCUCGUGGAAGACUCAUGCCUCAGCAUUGAUUACAAGUGAGAUCUACGACGGCGAGGUCUACGAUGCACGGGAAGAGCAAGAAGGAUGGACAACUACCUCCUUCAACGAUAAUACCUGGCUGCCUACGCGGGAGAUCGACUUUCCCAAAGCCGAACUGGUUGCGCCAAAUGCACCUCCAGUUCGAGUAACGCAGAUCAUAAAACCAGUGGAAAUAAUCACCACACCCUCGGGCAAGACAAUCGUUGACUUCGGCCAGAACCUCGUCGGUCGAGUACGGAUUCCAAUCCUCCACGCACCAGAAAAUACAACCAUCACCCUCAUCCACGCGGAGGUAUUAGAAAACAACGAGCUGGGCAUUCGUCCCCUCCGCAUCGCAAAAUGUACGGACACCAUCAUCUCCGCCGGCAAAAAGCUGAACUGGACAACAAGGUUCACCUUCCACGGCUUCCGCUACGUGCAAAUCGAGAACUGGAUGCCCUCCCUCACAACCCUCGUCGCAGAGGUCCUACACACAGACCUCCACCGCACAGGCUGGUUCACCAGCUCCCACCCCAUGAUCAACAAGCUCCACGAAAACGCCACCUGGAGUAUGCGCGGUAACUUCCUCUCCAUCCCGACGGACUGUCCGCAGCGCGACGAGCGGCUCGGUUGGACGGGCGAUAUUCAGAUCUUUGGUCCAUCUGCCUCAUUCUUGUAUAACACGGCCGGAAUGCUGGGCGACUGGCUAAAGGAUCUUGCGGCUGAGCAACUCACUACGAAAGACGCGAUCGUCCCUUUCGUUGUGCCGGGCGUUAUAUCUGAGAAACUCUGGCCUAUCUUCCCGCAGGCUGUUUGGGAUGAUGUUGCCGUUCUCCUGCCUUGGACCCUUUAUCAGAGUUAUGGUGAUACGCAGAUUCUCGCGCGCCAGUAUGAAAGUAUGACAGCCUGGUUGGAUUUGGGCGUGCAGCGGGGUAACGAUCGUCUUUGGGAUGAAGAGCUGUGGCAGUUGGGCGAUUGGCUUGAUCCGACUGCGCCGCCUGAUCAGCCGGGGAAUUCGCGGACGGAUGGGACAUUGGUUGCAGAUGCGUACCUGGUACAUGUUACCCGGGUUCUCUCGGAGAUCAGCAAGAUCCUCAAGCAUGAGGAAAAUGCCGUCCGGUACGGAAAAGACUACAUCCAUCUUCGAGAACGGUUCCAGGCCAAAUACGUCUCGAAUGAUGGGUAUCUAGUCGGCGACACGCAGACAGCCCUCGCGCUAGUGCUAGUCUUCGACCUCCUCGACUCGCAGUCUCAAAUCGCGAACGCGGGCGCAAGACUCUCGCGCAACGUCCGACGCGCCAAGUUCCAGGUCUCAACCGGAUUCGCGGGGACGCCGAUCAUCACGCAUGCGCUUGUGAAGGCGGGAUAUGUGCAGCUUGCGUAUCGGAUGUUGCAGGAGAAGAACUGUCCGUCGUGGAUGUAUCCGAUUUCCAUGGGGGCGACGACGAUUUGGGAGAGGUGGGAUAGUAUGCGACCGGAUGGAAGUGUAAAUCCCGGGGAGAUGACGAGUUUUAAUCACUAUGCUCUUGGGAGUAUUGUGCAUUGGUUGCAUAAGGAUGUGGCCGGAGUGAGUUUGCUGGAGCCUGGUUGGAAAAGGGUUCUUGUUAAGCCUUUGCCUGGUGGGACGGUGACUAGGGCUGAGGUUCAGUAUGAGACAGCUUUUGGGGUUUUGGAGAGGGGGUUGUUUAAGUUGAGGGUUGUUGUGCCGCCGAAUUCGAAGGCGGUUGUUGUUUUGCCUGGGGAGGUUGACGAAAGGGUUGUUGGGUCUGGGGUGUAUGAGUUUGAGGUUGGCUUUAAGAAUGUCGGUUGGCCGCCCAAGGCUUCUGGGCCGCCAAUGUGGGAUUUUGAGGAUUCGUAUGUUUGA